AUGAAGGCAGUGAGAAGAUUUGUUGACCGCAUCAAAGGAGAAGCUCCGGAGAGGCCGACAAGCCCAGCGAAUGCUCUCCCGGUCGUGCAGACGUCCGAGGUGACGAUACCCCCGGCGUCAUCCGACAUCCUCGACGAGGAGCUCAAAGGCUGGGCAGACGAAGCUGAUGUCGGGUUGGACUCCGUGGAUGGGGUUUGGUGGCGUUAUGGAGAUUUGGACGGCGCCUUGGCUCUGGCGCGUGAAGGGAAGGGCUUGGUCGGGUUACAGUUGCAUGGUGGUGGGUAUCUCGUCGGGAGCGCAAAGGAUGUCAUGUCGGGAGGCUCUCGUAUACCUCGAGGAUUCAUCGAGCAAGGAGUCUGCUCUUGCCUGCUGUCUGUCGAGUAUUCGCUCGUCGGUCAAAGGGAUGACGAGCCCGAGCAUCCCUUUCCAACUCAGCUCCUCGAAGCGUUGUCCGCGUAUCGCCACAUUGUCCAAACCCUCAACGUUCCAUCGAAACAUGUCAUCCUUAUAGGCGAUUCAGCAGGCGGUCACCUCGCACUAGCUCUGCAGCGCUAUCUGCUGCAAAGCAACGUCCUACCUUCUCCAGGCGGCCUGAUCUUGCUGAGCCCGUGGUGCGAUCUCUCUGUCGAAAGUCAUAUUCCCCAUGUGAAACGUCUGCUCGGCCCUCGGGCUACAGGCCAACUAUCCACGCCUUACUUCUCUCCCGCGCUGCACCCACCGCCUCCGCAAUGGCCACCCAUGCUGGUGUACUACGGCAAAUUCGAGCGAUUCGUCGCUUCCAUCAGCAUGCUAGUGUCCCAAUUCACGAAUGCAGGCGCGCGCAUCACGUCCUACGCAGCGGAGGAGAUCCCGGAGCGUUUUAGUCAUGACUUCCUCAUCAUGGUCUCCGUGGAGAGGGCGUGGCCGAAGGAGGUGCGUAAGUGUUGGAAGCGGAUCAAGGCAUGGACGAAGCCGCUUGAGGCUGCAUAG